GAGUUGAGUUGGGUGGCCAAAAUCAACUCCCAACAUCUCAGGCACGCCGGAGAUCCGCGACCUCCGCUCGCCUACUUUGCCGACAUGACCUGCAGCUGACCUCCGUCGUUCCCACUCCGUCGCUCCGUCUCCGUCGCCGCAAUGAGCGCCCCCCGCGGCCCAGCCCUCUGGCUCCGCCGCGCCCGCGAGCUCGUCUCCGACCUGCAUGCCCACGCGACCGCCACGCCCACACACACCCCCGCCUUCCGACCACCCGACUGGCUCCGCCCGCCAUGGGACCCGCCGCCGCCCGCCCCCGCGACGCCGGGGCCCAGCACGCCGACGAACGCCGAGCGCUGGCGCAGCGCCUACCGCGUCCCCGCGCCGCCGGCGCACCGCCUCCCGCCCUCCCCGCACACCCCGCCGCCGUACCCCAGCGCAUGCGACGAGCCGAGCUGCCGCACCCCCGCAGCGGCCGUCGCGCCGGGAGAGGCGGGCGAAGAGGAAGCUGGUGCGCAAAUGCGCAGCGUGCUCCGCUCCGUCGCGCAGCCCGUCGUCGUCGCGGUCGCGCGCACCGCCAACGAAACAACACCAUACCACGGCGCAACACUAACCUCCUUCGCCUCACUCACGCUCGAACCACACCCGCUCGUCGCCUUCUCCCUGCGCCUGCCAUCGCGCAUGGCCGACUGCCUGCGGCCCCCGCCCUCGGCGCCGCGGACGAGCGGCGCGCCCGUCCCCGCACACCUCUGCGCGCCGCGCGCCGCACCGACGCGCCUGACGAUCUCGCUGUUGGCCGGCGACAACCAAGCUGUCGCGGACGAACUCGCGACGCCCGGCGUCGAUCACUCCGCCAUCUUCCGCAGCGACGAGUGGGACGCGCGCGAUCCCCCCGCACUUAAGAGCGCCGUCGGGUGUCUCGAGUGCCAGGUGGUGCAUAAUCUGCCGUUGCGCGACGUCGGGGGGGAGACGAGCAGCGAUAAAGAGGGCAGCGAGCUCUUUAUUUGUCGCGUGCUCAAGGCGGAGCGGGGAGGGGGGAGUGACAGCCUCGUCCAUUUCCAGCGCGACUACUUCUCGGUGCGCAAGUGAGGAGCUCUAGGAAGUAACAAACGCCGUGUUGAUGUAUCAUAUGACAUUAGGUACACUGACGCAGGCUAUACAAUGGGGGGCAUGGGCUACUUCGGGCGGCGCUCGAUAGCCUGCAGGCGGAUUUUCUUGUCGUACUGCUCGCGAUUGUUCCUGCCGUCAGCUCGCUCCAUGGCAGUGCGUACUUGUACAUCGUGUACGCGUCAAUCUGGGCCGGGUCGCCAAUGUUGGCGUGUUCAAGCAAGUCUUGAAUUCCG